UUGAACAUUUUGAAAUUCUUUAUACUUUUGUUAGUAUAAUCCCGUGUUGUUGUUGUUGUAUUAAUUAGUGAUAUUAGAAUUGUUUUAUCGUGUAUAUUCAAUACGAUUUGAUACUUGUGGAAGUCCUUUCCCAUUUAAUUGCGGGGCCAACAACGAUAAGAAAUCACGCAAUCACUUUUUGAACUGAUUUUGAUUUUUGAUACUUUAACUUUUUCAUACAAUGGUAGAUUCUGAAUUCACAGCAUAUGAGAAGAAACUGUACCUCCUUGAUGGAAAGUACCAGUAUAUCUCUCCAAUCCAAGAAGGGUCUUUCGGGAAAGUAACCCUUGCUUAUAAUACAGAAACCAGAACUGAAGUUGCAAUGAAAAUGAUGUACAAGAAUCUUCCAGAAACUAAGAGAAUGGCUCAUCAUGAGAUUAAGAUUCUUUCCAAGUUGGGAUCUUCUAACGAUAACAUCUGUAAGCUUUUAGAUCAUUUUGAAACCUCUGAAUAUAUUGUACUUGUAUUGGAGUAUUGUUCUAAUGGAGAUUUAUAUGACUUGACUCAUUCGGGUUUAUCUAUUUCUGGAGUUGACAUUUGGCAUAUUGCUAAGGAACUUGCUAAUGGGGUUAAAUAUGCUCAUUCCCUUGGGAUUUAUCAUCGUGAUAUUAAACCAGAAAAUGUUUUGUUUAACGCUUAUGGUAGAGUUAAACUUUGUGAUUGGGGGUUAGCUACAACAACAAGACAAAGUUCUCAUUUUGAUGUUGGUACUGAAAAAUACAUGGCACCAGAAUGUUUCAAACGUUCAAAAUCAAGCAAGUAUGAUACUAAAUAUGCUGAUUAUUGGUCUUUAGGUAUUACUUUACUUACUGCUGUCUUUGGUACUUCACCAUUUAAACCAUUGGGUGAAAAUAAAUCUUUGGAAUCUGAUUAUAAUUUCAAGAAUUUUGCCCUUUAUGGAAAAUCUGAAGUAUUAUAUGAUAUUUAUCCAACUAUGAAUAAGAAUUGCUUUAUGAUUUUUAUGAAUUUAUUAAAAGUUGGAGGAAUUGAUUUUGAUGAAAUUGAUAACAUGACUAAGAUUAGAUCGAGAGAUUUAAAUAAAUUCCUUUCAGAUUUGGAAUCUAAUUGGAAGUUUGGUUUAACUAUUGAUGAAGAAUAUGAAUUAGAAGAAAUAGAUUCAUUAGAUUUCCCACAUAGUGUUGAAACAUCAGAUUUAUUUGACAUGGAUCAUGAUGAUUUAUCAUCAAAUGAUACUGACGCUAAACAAGAUUCAUUGGUCGAUCCAGCUUCCUAUGACAGUGAAGAGUCUGAACUCGAUGAUCUUUCGAAUUACUCAUUUGACAAUUCAAUCAGUAUUCCAACUACAGGACACAAGACGCCUACUACCAGACAAAAUUAUCCCAACUCUAUUCCUUCGUUAAUAGAGUCAUCAUCGGGAAAAUCUUGGUGCGAUUUGGAUGACGAAGAUUCCUUAAGUGCUUUGGUAGAAGGCAUGAAGAUUUCAAGAACAGGAUUGACUAGAAUCGAAGAAGAAUCAAACAUCAAGGGGAAACUUGGAGAGAUCGGAGUCAAUAUCCAUGAACGAGAAAUCAAUAACAACGAAAUUAACGAUUGGCAUACCUACAGGGUGUAGGAAUUAUAUAAUGAUGAAAGGAUAGAUUACACAUAAAUAAUACACAUUUAAACUCA